AUGCCUGGGCCAGUCCACCAGCAGAGGCCAGAGGGCUGGAACCCUGGCCCACCGCCCUAUGAGGAGUACCGCCCGCCGCCGCUGGACUCCAUCCCCCUGCCCGGGGACGCACCCUAUCUGCUGCUGGCUGGAGUCUUGGUGCUGGUGGUGGCGUAUGCCAUCGUGGGGCACCUCAUCAAGGACCUUGCCCACGACCUGGCUGAUUGGGCGUUUGGCCCCAAGCCGGACCAGGGGGAUGCGCCCCGGGAGAUGCGGCCGAGCGUGGACGGGGCGGACCUGGACGAGCUGGACCUGGAGCUGGCCCUGGCGUGGCGAGGCGACGAGGACACGGGCGGCGAAGCCGAGACCCCCCGGCGCCCCUCUGUCUCCUUCCAGGACCCUUCGGCCCGGGGUGCUCUCUGGAAGCUGGGCUGA